AUGCACAGACCCACUCUGCACCUCCAACAACACCAGCUUCCCACUUCUGUGCUCGCUCGUCCACCGUCUGCUCUUGAACACAUUCCCGCGCUCUUCGUAAUGGAGGAUUCCGGCCAACAACGCGCAGUCCCAGUGGCCUUUGCGCCGCCUCCGCCCUUGUGGAAGCACUUCACGACCGAGAAUCUUGAGAAAUUCGAUAAGAUCAAGGCCGAAGCAGCCAAAGACCAGAAUGGGCAGCCAAUUCACAACAAAAAAUGGACACCAGCGGAGCUGCGAGGACUUGAGCUUUCAACCACCCUUCCGUCACUCAAGGACCAAGGAAUCAACCAACUAUACCCUGAUCCCACCCCAGACAGUGCCGAUGGCUCCUCACAACCGUCGCAGCCCCUCAACCAUGCAUAUUACCUGCUCAAGAUCAGCAAAUCGCUCCUGCUGAACUUCCUCGAAUUUGUCGGGAUCCUCUCAGUAUCGCCAGAACAAUACGAAUCGAAAGUGGAAGACAUGCGCAACUUGUUCAUCAAUGCGCACCACCUUCUCAACCUCUAUCGGCCUCACCAGUCCCGCGAAAGCUUAAUCACGAUGAUGGAACAGCAAUUGGAAAAGACCAAAGAAGAGAUCAAAGAAAUGGACAAGUUGAAGGGAGACAUCGAGGGGAUGCUGAGUGAGCUUGUGGCGGAGGGAGGCCAGGCCAAAUUGGCUGAACAAUCCAAGGAGGCCUCCGCCGACCCAGCAGCGGACGCUCAAGCAGCCCGAAUUAAGGACUCGCGGCUGCUCUGGGAUCUGCUGGACGCAGAAGUAUAA